AUAGCUUUAUUAUACUUGUUGUGUUAUUUGGAAAGUAGAAUUAAUAAAAUCAUGUUUUUAUAGUUCUGCAAUGGAUGUUGGAAUGGUUAAGCGACUUUUACGUUAUCCUAAAGGUUCUGAUCCAUAUGUGGCUGGUGUAGAGAGGUUUAUUGAAUUUGCAUAUAAAGAUAAGCCCGAAGGCAGCAAGAUUUAUUGCCCAUGUCAGUCAUGCGUGCACACUACUAUUCAGUCGAAAGAUGAGAUGUAUGGUCAUUUGGUGUGCAAUGGGAUUCUUGACAAUUAUGAUGAAUGGGAUUUUCAUGGCGAUCCUUCAGUGCAUAUUAGUGGUCUAGAUAAAAAAACACAAAGCGAUGAAAGGCAUGUUAACAUUGGGCAAAUGAUUGAAGAUGCCAUUGGGCAUAUAUAUGAUGACACACCUAUGGUAGAUGGAGAUGCACCAGUGACCGGACCCAAUUCAGAAGUUGAACAGUUUUACAAACGGGUCGAAGAAUCAAAAAAGCCUUUAUGGGAAGGUUGUGAACUCACAGAGGUAACCUUAUUUGUGUUGUUGUUUAAUGUGAAAUCCUCAAACAAAUGGUCAGAUAAAUCUUUUGGUGAUCUUCUUGAGGUUCUGCAUAUGGCUAUUCCUAAUGGAAAGGACCUGCCAAAGAAUUUUUAUGAGGCUAAGAAAGUAAUUUCUAAAUUUGGACUGGGAUAUGAAACUAUUGAUGCAUGCCGAAAUAAUUGCCAAUUGUACCGGAAGGACAAAAAAAAUGAUGAUUUUUGCACAACCUGUAAGGCUUCAAGGUGGAAGGAUAAGGAACCCAAUUGCAUACUAACAAAGAAGGAAAGGAAGAAAGCAACUCCUUGCAAAGUACUACGAUACUUCCCUAUUAAAGAUAGGCUCAAAAGAAUGUUUAUGUGUAGAGAAACAGCACCUCUCCUAAGAUGGCAUGAUGAGGAGCGCAUCAAGGAUGGUUUGCUACGACAUCCAGCUGAUGCUCCAGUGUGGAAGAGGUUUGACGAAAAGUUUCCACAAUUUGCAUCAGAUUCUCGUAAUAUUCGUUUUGCAUUGGCUACUGAUGGGUUUAAUCCAUUUGGGAAGAUGAGUUCUAUGCAUAGUUGUUGGCCUGUUGUUUUGGUAGUCUAUAACCUCCCGCCAUGGCUUUGCAUGAAAGAUCACAAUAUUAUGUUGUCCUUGAUGAUUCCUGGUCCUAAAAGCCCAGGAGAUCGAAUUCAUGUGUUCUUUGAGCCACUUUUGGAGGACCUUAAGGAUCUUUUCCAAACUGGUAUAUCCACAUAUGAUGCAUCGAGAAAUGAGAGUUUUACUUUGCGAGGAGCCGUGCUUAUGACCAUAAGUGAUCUACCUGGUUUAGGAAUGCUUGCUUCUCAUAUGGUUCAUGGGAAAUUUGCAUGCCCACCAUGUGGUGAAAAUGUAUGGACGAAACAACUGAAGAAUGGUCGUAAAUCAUGUUUCCUAGGUCAUCGCAAAUAUAUUGAUCUUGAUCAUCCGUACCGUUUCGAUGCAAGUUCCUUUGAUGGAACGAUAGAGCUUGGUAAGGAGCCUUCAACUUAUUAUGAUCGUCCAAUUUUGCAUGAGAUCACUGCACUUGGUAAUUUCAAGGACUCAAAAACUUAUAAGUCAGUAAGUAGUUUGUUCUCGUUGCCUUACUGGGAUGAUAAUAUUCUUAGAUACAACCUUGAUGUGAUGCAUAUAGAGAAAAAUGUGUUCGAUAAUUUGUAUGACACAAUAUCGGGUUUAGAUGGGAAGACAAAAGAUAACAUCCAAGCUCGUUUAGAUCUUGUAGACAUGAACAUCAGAGCAGACCUACACCCUCAAGUAAAAGAUUCGGGAAAGUUAUACCUGCCACCAGCAAGAUUUGGUAUGUCUAAAAGUGAGAGACGAGUAUUUUGUGAUGUUAUUAGAAACAUAAAAGUUCCAGAUGGUUAUUGCAGAAAUAUCUCAAAAUGUGUUAACGUUGCAGAAGGAAAAAUCAUUGGCCUCAAAACACAUGACUGUCAUGUUCUAAUGCAACAGUUCAUGCCCAUUGCUUUGAGGGGAAAUCUUCCAGAUGAUAUCACAGCGGUUGUAUUUGAGUUGUCUGCUUAUUUUCGAGGAAUAUGUUCGAAAGUUCUUAAUGUUGAAGAGUUGGAUCGUUUAGAUCACUCCAUUAAAAUCACCUUAUGCAAAUUGGAGACAAUUUUUCCACCAGGUUUUUUUACAGUUAUGGUUCAUUUAGUUGUACAUCUAGCAACUGAAUGCAAGAUGGCUGGACCAGUUAAUUAUCGUUGGAUGUUUUUUAUUGAGAGGUACCUAGGGAAAUUAAAAUCAUUUGUUCGCAACAGAGCCUAUCCAGAAGCCUCAAUGGCAAAUUCUUUUUUGGUAGAUGAGUGUAUGGUGUUUUGUUCUAGAUACAUAGAAGGUUUCUCGACAAAGCUAAAUAAACCAUCAAGGAAUGAUGAUAGUUUGGAUCAGAUUGACUCAAACUUACAUGGUCACAAGUCGUCGUUGUUUCCUCCAGUAGGCAAACCAUUGGGAAAACCAUCAAAUUUCAUUUUAACUAACAUGGAGAAAUUGCAAGCUCAUAGAUAUGUACUAUUCAACUGUGAUGCUGUGAAUCCGUAUCUUAAGGAACAUGCUUCUUAUUUGAAAAGAAAGAGACGUGACCGACGCCCAACUGUUAAAGAAAUUGAAAAUUUACAAAACAGAUAUUUUUCCAAUUGGUUUAGAGAACAUAUCAUGCAGAAGGAGGAAAAUGAUGGUAGUGACAACAUCGACGAGGACAUUAGAUGGUUGGCUCGAGGACCACUAGAGAUUGCACGAAGGCAUAGAGCCUUUAACAUUCGUGGGUUCAGAUUUCGUGCCAAACGGUUUGAUAAGGCGACUCAAAAUAGCGGAGUUGUUGUUACUGCAAAGACAUCUAGUUAUUCAUCGGCAGGUGAUAGCAACCCCAUACUUGGAGAUAUUAUGUACUAUGGUAGGAUUAUUGAUAUCAUAGAGUUAGACUACUACGGGAGAUUUUCAGUGGUACUAUUUAAAUGUGAAUGGGUUGAUGUCACUCGAGGCAAAGGAGUAAAAACAGAUAAGUUUGGCUUGCCACUAGUUAAUUUCUCGCAUCAAAUUCACAAAGGUGAUAGGAUUGAGCAUGAACCCUUUGUAUUUGCCAAUCAAGUUGACCAAGUGUUCUAUAUAGAUGACCAUACUAACCUAGGAUGGUCAGUUGUGUUGAAGAUGAAACCUAGAGAUGUAUUUGACAUGGGGGAGGAUUGGAAUGAAGUUCAAUGUGAACCUUUUCAUGUCAGCAUGCUUGGUGACCUUUUUGAUAAAGCUCAUGACAGACAUUCAUGGACUAGAAGAGAUAUGGAGGGAAUUACUGUAGAAGGGGCAAAUAAAGGCCAUAAUCCAAGUAGUGAUGCCGAAGAUGAGCCAUAAAAU